AUGGGAAAAGUUCACGGAGGUUUAACAAGAGCUGGUAAAGUCAGAAAUCAAACUAAGAAACCAGAAAAAGUAGAUACUGGAAAGAAGAAAUUCCCAUCAGGAAGAGCCUAUCUUAGAUAUCUUUAUAGUAAGAGAAUGGUUAUGUUGAACGGCGAUAACAAGAAGUACAAGUUCAACCCACAAAGAAUUAACUAA